CCCAAAGGGGUGGGAGGGGUCAACUGUCAUCUUCACUGUCCUGCAAAAGUAGCAGCGUAGGAAAAUCAGGUGUAUUUAUCAUUGCAGAUAUUAAGAUGAGCGCAGAGGCACUGGAGCAGCCGGCCGCUGAACAGGCAGAGCAACAUGGAAUCGUCUUCAACCGACAAAUCAAAACAGAGGACAUCAAUGAGUCCCUUCAUACCUCGAGCCUGAAGACAUGUCUGCUCACACCGGGCUGUGCGCUGCCUGGAGGACAACUGGCCGGGGAGUUGGCCUCACUCCACACCAUGCAGCAGCUGGUGUUGAUGCCACCAUCUCACCCACCUCACACACCCCCCUUCCUGUUGUCCCAGAGUCCCAGCAGCCACCAAGCACGGUGGCGACACAAUGAACAAGAGCAGCACACCCACGCACUCCUGCAGCAGAACUUAUUGUCUCUUCCAAGUCCGAGUCAGUCUGGUCUCCUCCAGCACCAGCCUGGUCUUGCCCUGGCCCCACAGGCCAUGAGUCGCUCUGCUCUGAAUGGACCAUCUUUGGAGAACCAUAUGGAUAUGAACCAUCUGCAGAUCCCCAAACACAUGUCAGUGCCACCCCAGGAGGAGCCCAGUGACCUGGAGGAGCUCGAGCAGUUUGCCAAAGCAUUCAAACAAAGGCGCAUCAAACUGGGCUUCACUCAGGGAGACGUGGGCCUGGCUAUGGGAAAGCUAUAUGGCAAUGACUUCAGCCAGACCACAAUCUCUCGCUUUGAGGCCCUGAAUCUCAGCUUCAAAAACAUGUGCAAGCUGAAGCCUCUGCUGGAGAAAUGGCUGAGUGAUGCAGAGAACUCUCCUUCUGACUCAAUGAACAGCCCCACCUCUCUGAUGCCCCUGAUGGAAGGCUAUGGACGCAAACGGAAAAAGAGGACAAGCAUUGAAACAAACAUCAAGUUGACUCUGGAGAAACGGUUCCUUGACAAUCCCAAGCCAAACUCAGAGGAGAUAACCCUCAUCUCAGAGCAGCUGUCCAUGGAGAAGGAAGUGGUUCGGGUUUGGUUCUGCAAUCGGCGUCAAAAGGAGAAGAGGAUCUACUGUCCAGUGACAAGCUUACCAGCCAAAUCACACAGCUACAACUCCAGAAUGGCCCCAGCAUCCAGAUCCUACAGUCCUCUGGCUUCAGCUGCAGUUUCAUCCAGCUCUUCUCCAAACAGUGCCAGCCGUGGAGCCUCUCCCAACAGUGUGUCGGCCUCUCUGAGCUCUCAUGUUAACCCGACCUCCUACAGCAGCCCAGGGUCCUGGUACCGUGCGUGGAGUCCUGCUGCCUAUCAUCACUGACAAACCAAUCAACCAUUCAGGGGUGCUGUCUGAGGAAGACAUGAAGGCAACGCAACACACUGAGACUCCACCCCUUUGUGCAACUGGUGCAUCAGAUUUAGAUUGACAGCCUUCAAAAGCCUGACAUGAUGCUAACAUGCAGACACCAUACAAAGUGCAUUUCUGUGGUUGCCCAACUCGAUCAGUAAGUGAGAGUGACUCUAGUGCUCACAGUGUCAACUGCAACCUGGCGUGAUGCUGUCAUAGCACUGCAGCAGUGAUGUCACCAUCCCGUUUUAAUUAACUUAUC